AAAAAAUAGUUGUGUCAACUGAAUAUUUUAUGGAUUUCACUAAAUUUUAUUUCUUUUCAACUAGUAUAAUGUAGUUGAUUUAACCACUAAAUAUCAAUUGAUUAGAUUAAAUAUUUAUUUUAGUCUAAUUAUUUUUAUGCGCAUACUCUGACUCAUGGGCCUACAUUUGAAGGUUGCUUGUUAACAAUCAGUGUAUAUGAAUAUAUAUAUACAUAUAUAUCCACGGAGAAAAAAUUCCGUUAAUUUUUAUUUAAAAAUCCAUACACAAAUUACCUUACUGGUCAAGAAUGUGAGUUCAAACUUACUAAAAAGUAAAAAGUAAUGAUCAACAUACAAAAAUUAUAAGUUACAUAGGAAAACAAGUUUAUUUAAGGUUAGUGAUAAUUUUGUUAGUUAUAUGGGCAUUUCUCUGUAAACUGGGCAACUCGUUGUCUCAGGCCAAUAUUGUAUAGUAAAAUUACACAUAAUAUCUGUUUCUUAGGUAACUAUGAAAGAUAAGAACCUAAUCUAUCUCUACUCACUGUUUAAUAUUUAUGAAAAUAAACUUUAUUGUAUCAAAAUUGUUUUAAUAGGUCUCCAAAACCAGUCCCCUGGUGUGUCACCAAACCACUUUACUUACUCCAGAUUAAAAUAAUGAAAAGAAAAACUAGUUGAAACAAUAAAAUUGUAUGAUUAUACAAACAAUAUUUUUUGAUUGUUCGCGAGUUCUGUUCAUUUUUAAUAAAUAUUAAUUUUAUAAUAUUAAAAAAGUUAAUUCAAGUUUGUCUCCACAUUUUGUAAACAGUUCCCCUGUCCAUAUUUCAAAUUACGCGGAAUGUAGUAUAAAAGUUAAACAACAGCAUUACUGCGUGUAACGGAACGCAAACGAUCUGAAGUUUGGCGCGGUAGCUGCCAUUCCGCUCAGAUGGCAUUUUAUUUAGUGCUACACGAGCGUCCCUCCGUGGAAGUCACGUCAUAACCUGUCGGCCACCAGUCCUCUGGUAACACACCUGUUUAGAGUAUGGCGCCAAGAAAGAAAAAGCUCUCUAAGGAAGAGAUUUUACAAAGAAAAAGAGAAGCUGAGCGAAAGAGAUACGAGCGUAUUAAAAACGACCCGCAGAAAAGGGAAGAGCUUAGAGAAAAAGAACGCCUUAAAUACCUUAAAAAAAAAGAAAAGGGAACAAGAAAGCUUGUUGAAAACAUGACUUUACGCGAAUAUCGGGAGGCAAAGAAGAAGUGGCGAAAGCAUUGUACGAAAUAUCGUAAUAAGAAAAAAGUGUUAGCAAAUAUUACGAACUCGUUUGUGAGAGAAAAUACUCCAGAUUCUGAUGCAAGUAAUUCAUGUCGAAUGUCAACAUCUGAAGUUCUUGAAUUAGUUAAAACAAAAAUUGAUAGAAACAAGUUACUAAGACAUAAAAUAAAAAAGAAAAAAGAUGAAGAAAUUAAAGCUCUGAAGAAGAAAGUUUUGAAGUACAAGAACCGCCUAUCGCGGUUGAAGAAGGAAGAAAAUACUAAAGAUACACCAAAUACUAAGUUACAGAAAAUGGCAGAUACUCCAGAGUGUAGGAAAGAUCUAGUCAAAAGGGCACUUUUCGGUGAAGUGUUGAAACAACAAUUGCAAGAUAAUUUCUCAGAGAUGAAAACACUAAAAGAAAAAAGGCUUCUAACAAAAAUAGUUUCGGGAAAGAUUGUUGAUAAAUAUAAGUUAUGGCGAAUGAAAAACGCAGGUGUGAUAACCUAUAAGAGAAUUAAAAUGGGAAAAACGUCUCAUCAAAUGGCAAGGAAAAAAAACAUUUCAGAAGAAUGUGUAAAAGCAGUUGUAAAUUUCUUCGAAGAUGAUUCUAACAGUAGACAAGGAGCGGGAAAAAUAGAAUUUAUCACUAGAAAAGCGGAACGGAAACAAAAGCGAUACAGGCUUGAUUCAUUGCUUGGCUUAUAUACGAAAUUUAAACAACAGAACAGCAAUUUUAAACUAAGUUACCAAACUUUUUUUAGACUACGACCAUUUUGGAUUGUCAUGCCCAACGUUGACAGACGUGAUACUUGUUUGUGCAUUAAUCAUGCAAAUAUAGACUUGAAAUUAUCAGCUUUAUUCAAUGGAAAGAUUUUAAAUUAUUACAGCCAUCAAAAAUUGCUGCAGGAGAUAUGUUGUGACCGCUAUAAUGAGAAGUGUUUGUCUCGAGAAUGUAAAAAGUGCGUUGAUAAGAAUCCUGCAUAUAAAGAAUUUGACGAUAGAAAACCAAUCAUUUACAAAAAAUGGGUAAUAGAAAAAAAAGAUUUUAUAGACGCAAAAUCGAAAAAGACUCGUCGAGUAACAAAAUACAUUAAGAAGUCUUUCAAUGUGAAACCCCGCGAACUCAUUACAGAAUUGCAAGGAGAUCUAGCGAACUUUCUGCUUCACGAAAGAAAUAUUGUACACCAGUUCAGUGCUAUAAAAAACAUAAAAGUAAGUUGACAGAAGAAGAUGUUCUAAUACAUAUGGACUUCUCUGAAAAUUACUCCACUAAAUACUGUCAAGAAAUUCAGGCUUUCCAUUUUGGCGGGUCACGUACACAGAUUAGUCUACACACAAUAGUAAUAUAUUUGAAAGAAAAUAUUAAAUCUUAUUGCACAAUCUCUACAAAUGUUUCUCAUUCUCCAGCUGCCAUUUGGGCUCAUCUGGAUCCAAUUUUUAAUGAUUCGCCACCUGAAAUUAAAAACCUUCAUUUCUUGAGCGAUGGUCCAGUAACUCAGUAUCGAAAUAAAACAAUGUUUUACAUCAUGGCGAUAAAAAUACCAAAACGACUUCCCCAUGUACAAAAAUUUACUUGGAACUAUACGGAGAGUGGCCAUGGUAAAGGUGCUCCGGACGGCAUUGGAGCUACAUGCAAGAGGACUGCUAAUGCCGUGGUUGCUGCAGGAGGUGAUGUCGAAAAUCUGGAUAAAUUUGUCGAAGCCAUUAGAGAUGUCCUAAAAUUAGUUUGAGCAUUAUACUAGAUGAUGCAAUUAAAGAAAUGAGUGCUGAAAUCGAACGAGAAGCAACCAAAGUGAAAAAUUUUGUAGGCACUCUCAAAGUACAUCAGGUUACUGGAAAAUUUUAUAAUUCUUUGGGUAUAAAAUCGAAUCCUCUUGAGAUAGUGAUGAAAAAGCUAAGUUGCUUUUGUGACAAUGAUUGUUGUCUACACUUUAAUAUCGGAAAAUUAAUUUAUGAAGGCAAGACAAAACUUAUGGUGGAAGAUGUGUUCACCGAAUCAGAAUCUGAGAAUGAAGCUGGGCCUAGUUUGGCUUCAGUGAAAGCAUUUAACACUGGUGACUAUAUCCUUGUCAAAUUGCUUGGCAAGAAUAUAGAAUAUAGAUAUGUGAGCGUUAUUGACAAGAUUGAUGAAGAAGAUGGCGAAAUCCGUGUCACAUUCUUAAAGCUCUGUGAUGAUAAAGGCCAAAUAUUUAGAUUCGAUCAAGACGAUGUUGCAGAUAUUACAAUAGACCAAGUGGUACAGACACUUCCCCAUCCAAAUAUAUAUUUAAAAGGGAAUAGAAUAUUUUAUAAAUUUGACACUUCUGUUGAUGUUUUUGAAAAACAAUAAGACUUUCUUUCACUUCUUUAUGUGAUAUUUUUAUGAUUAUCUUCUAUUAUA